CUUAUAUGUGCACGCUGCUCUUGUUAAUAAAGUUACACUUAGCAAACAAAAAAAAGCACCUCUCACUAUGGCUGCGUCUGCAGAACACGAGAGGGGAGACCAGGUGGUGUCACUUUGGGAUAAGGUGUGUUUGGUGACAGGGGCCAGUUCUGGGAUCGGCGCAGGCACUGCUUUGCUGUUUGCCAGACUGGGAGCACAGCUGGCACUUAAUGGGAGAAAUGAAGAAAAUCUGCAGGAGACUGCUCGUGGGUGUGAGGAGCUCAGUGACCAUAAGGUGCUGCUGGUGCCAGGAGACCUAACCGAUGAAUCUUUGGUCCAGCAAUUAGUUGAGCAGACUGUGUCCCAUUUUGGAAAGCUUGAUGUAUUGGUGAAUAGUGGGGGCAUACUGAGUAAUGGCAGCGUGGAGACCACCACUCUACAGGACUUUGACAAAGUCAUGAAUGUCAAUGUCAGGGCCAUGUUUUAUCUCACUCACUUAGCAGUACCGCAUCUCAUAAAGACCAAAGGAAAUAUCGUCAAUGUAUCCAGUAUAAAUGGCCAGAGAUCGUUUCCUGGAGUUCUGGCUUAUUGCAUGUCUAAAUCUGCUGUAGACCAGAUGACCAGAUGCGCAGCCCUCGAGCUGGCGCCUAAACAAGUUCGGGUCAAUGCCGUCUGUCCUGGGGUGAUUAAAACUGAUAUCCAUCGGCGAGCUGGACUAAAUGAGGAACAGUACGCUCAGUUUCUACAGCGUACCCAGCAGACACAUGCCUUGGGACGGCCUGGCACAGUCAAUGAAGUUGCUCAAAUGAUCGCCUUUCUGGCUUCCGACGCAGCCUCCUUUAUUACUGGAGUAACCAUUCCUGUGGAUGGAGGGCGUCAUGCCAUGUGCCCACGCUAAGGUUGAACAAGGGGGAACAAAUUCUUAACUGGAAGUUCUUUACAACAAAAACAUGAAUACCAAGCUUGCACCUGUAACAGUAUCUGCAUAACAAACCAGAAAAUACCAUUAACAUUUUGUAAAAAUUAAACAUUACAACCUCA